AUGGUGGGUGAUUUGCUUACAAAGGUCACAUCACCCACGCCAUCGCCAAGGGAGGUUGGCGGGGCGGCGAUACAAUGGGUGUGUACGAGGAGGGGGAGGAUGGUGGUUAUGAUGGCUGUGUUGUUCUCGGGUUUUCUAGGGCUGACAGGCAUGAAGCACCGUGAGGAAUUGCCGUCAAGAUACCGUGGCAUGUCUUCAUAUUAUCCCUGGAGAGCAUAUAUUCCUACCCUGCCCGAAUCCAUAAGCUUGUCGUUCAAGACACCCUCGAAUUUGACGUUACAGAUUGAAAACGGCCAAAUCGACCAUGUACCGGCAAAACUUAAAAAGACGACGCCCAACUUCCACCUCGUCAUGCCGUUUGAGUACGAGUCAAGCGACUUUUGCAAAUCGGCGUUAUCUGCCAUGUUGCUCAACUACCCUCCACCGACUGUGGUACAGUUUAAGUCAGGCCAUGCGACGAGCGAAAAGCGUCAUGAGGCGAUUCUCAACGACACGCUGCAUUACCUGAGCAAUACGAAGUUGGUCAAGGACAAGGAUCUAGUGCUCAUCGUUGAUGCACAGCAGACGUGGUUCCAGCUUCCAAGCGAUGUGAUGAUUGAGCAGUACAAGCGGUUGCUUGAGGAUGGCAAUUUACGGUUAUUGAAGAGAUAUGGAACUGACGAGAAUGGGUUUCAGAAGUUUAACCAGACGAUCUUAUUUGGGGCAGAGAAGAUGUGCGAGGGCGAUGACAAGGCGUGCAAAUACGUGCCGUUGUCGCCAUCUCCCAACAACUUGUACACCACCGAGACUGGCCGGCUGAUAUCAGAGACGCCUGCCAAGUUUAUCAACGCCAGGAUGGCCAUGGGUCCGGCGAGCGAUUUGAGAAGGUUGUAUCAGGCUGCGCAGAAGAAGUUUCUGGACGGCAAGAGUCAGUCACUGACCGUUCAGUCCGUGUUCGCUACGCUGUUUGCAGAACAACAGUUGAGUCGCGAUGCCGUCGAGGUGGAAACCAAAUCUCCCAGCGCAAAAUUCAGAAACUUCUUCGACGGCGGAUCCAGGAAACCAGCAGCCCGACACCGACUAAACCAAGCAAAACUCGAACUCGAACUCUCCAACUUCACCAGACAAGAAUUAUCUAUUGGCCUCGACUACACCCACACCCUCUUCCAACCCCUCCUUUACACUACCCCCAACGAACUCAUCCCCAUCGCCCAUAGCGAAAAAGACAACCUAACUACCUACACCCACUUCAACCGCGACCCAUCCUACCUCACCCCUCCAGCCUCCCUCAACCAUACAACCACGCCCUUCUCGCGCCCAGACCCCGUAAAACCCAGUCUCUCCGCGCAUACCCACUCGGCACACAUCAAAAACCUCGACUACGACCCCAAAAUCGACACCUUACCCGACCGCAACGUCGCCUGGACCGACGUCCCUCUAGUUCAAAAUACCUACACGGGCGCCAUCCCCGCUGCCUUGGCUGCACAGUUAGCUCGCGAACCCAACCUCGCCCCGUCGAAGAUGACCUGGGAUUCGCUUUGGUACGCAGACUACCGGCGCGCAUUCCUCCGUGUCUACUUCCGCGCACCGCAGUCGGCAGUAGGCUACCAUGAGUCUGCCGUUGGGGGGGAUCGCAUGUGGGAUGCGCGCGGGGGACGGGGCGGAGUGUGGACAGCGGUGGACCAGAGCUGGUUUGCUUGGGGCGAGGCGGAUGGGGUGUGUGGCACGGUGGAGGAUAUGAAGGGCGUGUUUGGGGAUGAUAAGGGGGUAUGGUUGCAUGAGGGGGGGAGAGAGAGAUGGUGA